CCAUGGAUAAAAAUAACAGCAAUAAAAAAAGGCAUGUGGAUAUGACUUCCGCAAUUCAACAAAAUAGAGAGGAGAAGGCUCGCCAACUUGUUAAAAAAAUAGAAAACAUCCUAAGAAGCGAUUUAAGUCCGUAUGAGAGAAAGAUUGCUAUAUUUAAUGUGAUAAAGAAAUUAGAAUGUAUGGAUGAAUAUAAAAAAACUACUGUGGAAGCAUUUAGAAAAUUAAAACUUGUUUGGGAUAAAGGUAGCAAAUAUAAACUCUACCAAGAUUUUAAACAAGAUGAGGAGUUUGAGGAGGAAGAAGGGGAUUUAGUUGAGUUUAUAGAGGGGUUAAAGAAAGCAGGAGUUCCUUAUAGGGAAAUUGCUAAGGGAUUAAAAAGAAGCGAUAGAAUGAUGAGAUAUUGGAGAAAGCCAAUUACCAAAUCUCUCCAAAGGGUCGGGCCAAAAAGGAGAUUUGACAGAAAAUGCCUUUUUCAUUUACUCCUCUCUAUUCAGAAUAAAAAGGCAAAGACACUUUAA